AUUUUUCGGUACUUUUUUCCUUUAGCGGAAGUUGCCGACCUUAUUUUGAAAGGAGCUUUCUGUUGUAAGCUAAGUGGCGGUUCUCCGGCUGGAUGUCCGUUAACAACCCGAGAAAAGGCAGAAUUUUAAGGCGAGUUGCUCUUCAUCAUCAUCACCAUCACGUUGAUAUGAGCCCAGACCGCAGGUGAUUGGCCAGUUUGGGGACAGGGGUUUGAUAGACGCUGGAUGACGUGAUGGCUGAGAGGUCCACUGCCAGCCCCGGCUCUUCAGAACCGGACAGUCCUGGAGGCUUGAACCGAGGAUGUUUGCUGGACCCCGGAGAGACCCUCCUCCAUGAUCUUUCCAUCAUUGUCCCAGAAACCCCCAGCCCACAGCUUGGCAAACGGAGACAUCGCCGUACCACAGAGGAUCAUUACAGCCCUGUGGCGGUCGGUGGUUCUCUGGAACCAGAGAAACCCAAUGGAGGUGAUCGAGGUUUUUCACAUAAAUCCAAACGCCGGCGGCUAGUUGAUCAGAACGUCGGCUUCUUUCCAGCAUCAUCUCUCAGGACUUACCCUCUGGGCAGCUGGCUGCAGGCCCCAUCUUCAUCAUCGUCUUCCUCCUCCUCUGCUUCCUACCUCACACCAGACUCAGUCCUCAGGUCCAAACAGAUUCACAUGACAUCUUCAGCAUCUCCCUCUACAGCAACAGCAUCAUCCAGUUCAGAAUCUCUGUCCUUCCUGACUGAUGAGGAGAAGAGAUGGCUGAACGAAGGACAAGGAGACACCUCACUAGACGUGGUGGAGCAGAUUGUCAUCAGCGACGAUGAGGAGGCCACGAUUCGCACGUUACAAAUGGAGGAAGACGAGGCGCUGGCUCGGAGCCUGCAGGUCAGAGUUCCUUCUGCUCCAGACACCAGCAGCUCACCUGAACAGGUUCAACCAACUUCCUGUUUCGUUUGUUUGUUUCAGGCUCAGUUUGACCAAGAACAGUCGCUCAGCAGACAUCACCACCACAACCAUCAUCUUCAUCAUCAGCAGAGCCAACACGGGUAUUUCUCCUACAUGCAGCCCAGCUGGAUGUCUCAGGUGUUGGCUGCCGUCUCUCCUUUGGUUGGACUCGAAGAUGAUCUGAUUGGUCAGCGCAGGCGACAUGGCCGAGGCAGAAGGAGGAACAUAUUACCAGACUUUGCAGAAGAUCUCCAGGGAGAUGACUACGAGGCUCUUCUGGAGUUUGAAGAGCGACAAGGUGCCGUUGUGUCAAAGAAAAUGACUCGCAGGGAAAUCCAGAGGUUUCCAACCAAAACCUUCUGCUCCGCGACCAACACCGGGAAUACCCAGUGUCAGAUAUGUUUCUGUGACUACACUGAUGGGGAGAAGCUGAGGAUGCUACCCUGUUUCCAUGACUAUCAUGUCCAGUGCAUCGACAGGUGGUUAAAGGACAACAUCACCUGUCCGAUCUGCAGGGUCAACCUGGCGGACGGAGACUCUCUGGUGCCCCCCACACUUUGACAGGAACCCGACCGCUGUUUUUAUAAGAAUUACUGAUCGACUUGUUGAGUUUUAUAUUUUUAUUCCUUCCAUGUUUCUCUGAUUGGACUCAGCAGGAGUUGUUGAAGCUGCUGCUGUUUGCCCUGUUCCUUACAACAAAUAAAAAUGUUUUGGUUUGUUUGUCA